AUGGCCAACAUGCAAAUUGUCCCAGCUUGUAAGAAUAUUGUGGAGGCACAGUACGUUGAAAUGAUGGUUCCUUUGUAUUCUUACGGAUGCGAGAAGAAAAUAAAGAAAACAUUAUCCAAUCUUAAAGGCAUAUACUCGAUAAACGUGGAUCACUGUCAACAAAAGGUGACUGUAUGGGGAAUUUGCAACAAAUAUGAUGUGCUAGAAACCAUAAGAAGCAAGAGAAAAGAGGCUCGUUUUUGGAACCAAGAAGACAACGUUGUAUUAGAAAAUUCACAAUCACCCUCAUCUUCACCAACUAAACCACCACCCCUUUCUCACAUGGAUUUUAAGCCCUCUUUAGCUUUAACUAAGGUUAGGUCUCUAAGUUUGAAAGCGUCUCUAAGUUUGAAAGCAUGGAAGAAGGUAUUCGCUAGAUCAUAUUCUUUCUAG